UUUGUCUCCAACAUUCUGCAGGAUGAAAACCUCAGCAAACAUGCCAGCGAGACUCGACAGAUUCUCCUGAAGAACUUCCGUGUAGUCCACACCAGAAAUCCACAGGAGUUUCCUUUCAGAUAGAGCUAUGUGUGUGUGUGUGUGUGUGUGUGUGUGUCUCUCUCUCUCUCUCUCUCUCUCUCUCUCUCUCUCUCAGCUCCUCUGGCAGCCUCACAGUGACUGCAUCUCUCAUUUCUCACGAUGCUGGUCAAGUUUGUUUGUCAGGUCGAGCGUUAUUCAUCUCCCCUUAUCAGUCUCCCCAGAUAAGACAUGACUAAUGGAGAAGACAUGACUCUAUCUUUAACUGACAUCAAGACUGUGUCACUGAUUUAGAAAACUGCUGCGUUCCAUGGGCCAUAGGCUAUGCUAUAUUUAUGUGACAACUGCCAAUGAAUUCUCCGCUGAAACAAAUGGGUCUACGUUUCCUGCAGAGCACGGGUGGAACGGAUCUGUCUCUGCUGGAAGUUUAACCCAGGUCGAAUGGCAUUUCGCCUCCUCUAUGCGUGCUAUGUAAUCCACUCCUGUUGUGUCUUCUGCAUGUAUGUGUGUGUGUGUGUGUGUGUUCUUUAUGCACGUGUGUGUAGGCUAUAUUUGUGUGUGUGUACUUUUUUGUGAGCACACACACACACACACACACACACACACUCACACAUUCAUGUGGAUGUACAGUGUGAGUGUGUGUGUGUGUGAGAGAGAGAUACGUACUGUACAUGCGUGUGUGUGUGUGUGUGUGUGUGUGUGUGUGUGUGUAUACGUACAUGCAAGUGUAUGCGUGUGUGUGUGUGUGUGUGUGUGUGUGUGUGUAUAUAUACGUACAGGCAAGUGUAUUUGUUUGUGAGCAUUUGCGUGUGCAUAUGCUUGUAUUUGUGUCUGUCUGUGCAUGUAUGCAUGUGUGUGUGUGUGUGUGUGUAUGUGUGCAGUGCAUGUGUGUCUUGUGUGUGCGUGCUGUGCUGUGCUGUGCUGACUCCUUUGUUAUGUCCCACAGCGGAGUCCAGACAUGAGGAUAGCUCCGAUGACAAUCACAGCUCCAGCCUGGGGCGCUCCGCUCCCUCCGACGACCUCUCCGUGGCCUCCGACUACCAGGAGGAGGGAGGCUUGGAGUAUUUUAGGGAGAUAGCUACGGUUGGAGCCCAGGAGCUGACUAAUAUUCUAAAGCAGGGCUACCUGGAGAAGAAGAGGAGAGAUCACAGUUUUCUUCGAAUGGAGUGGCAGAAAAGAUGGUGUGUCCUCAACAACACCAUCUUCUACUAUUUUGGCAGUGAGAAAGAUAAGCAGCAGAAAGGCUCCUUCUACAUCAACGGCUACAGGGCAGAGCUGGUGCCCAACCUGCGCAAGGACUCCAAAAAGAACGCCUGCUUUGAGAUGACCGCCCCGGGGAGGCGCUCCUACCAGUUCACCGCCAGCAGCACUCGCGAGGCCAGAGAGUGGGUGGACCAGAUCAACUUUGUGCUCAAAGACCUCACCUCCACCUUCAUCCCCUUCGACGACGACGAGGAAGAGGAGGAGGAAGAAGAGGAGGAGACUUAUGAUGACAUCGAGAGAGUGGCCACCCCUCCUCCUCGCCCCAUGCCCGUCGCCACCCCCACCGCGUCCCACGGCCCUGUGCCCCCGCCCGCGCCCACCUCCCACCGGACGCCCGAGGCCUGGAGGACCCGGCAGGUGGCCCAGGAGGAGGACAUGCUGGAGGAAGAGGAAGAGGACGAAGAGGAUAUUUACGAAGUGCUGCCAGAGGAUGACCUGUCAGACAAUGCAGAGGAUACUGAUAACAGACCAAAAUCAGCUUGGUCUGAGUAUGCAAACUACUACCAAGGAUUAUGGGACUGUGAGGCAGACAAGCCAGAUGAGCUGGCCUUCCAGAGAGGAGACCUCAUCUACAUCCUUAGCAAGGAGUACAACAUCCAUGGCUGGUGGGUAGGAGAACUGGGAGGCAACAUCGGCAUUGUCCCGAAAGAAUACCUUCAUCCGGCUUACAUCAUCUAAGCCCAUGGAUUGCCCACAUGAGGACCUCCACAUUACAACACUCGACAAGAACUAGACUGAGAAUAUUUUCAAAGCUUUAAACAGUUAAACAGUUAUUUUGUAUCAUCCGCAUGCAUACUAUGAAAUUAUAUAGACCUCCCAAGUCUUUGUUUUCCCUAUUUUUGAAUAUUUUGUGUCUGGUAUUAUAAAGAAAAUGUAAUAAAUGCAACAUGAAUGUUU